UGCGCGUCUGGCGUCUGCCAUGCAACCGUUGACGUCUCCUCGGUUCUCUUUCGUUGAUGGGAUUUUAUAACAUUUACCCUGAGAAUUUGUGCGAAAUAUUAGUUUUUUUGCAUGUUCAAGCAAUAAUGAAACAGUUUUCGGAUUCUGACGAGGAGGAAGAAUUAGGGGCAUUACAGAAGACACUGAGAGAAAGAGCAAACCGCAGUAUCCAGCAUCUCUCCAGCAUGUUGGCAGGCCACAGCUCCGACUCCACAGAGUCUACAGAAGUAAAGCACCCGGAAAUGCUACAAAACCCCUGUCUGCCAGUUCAGCAGAGUGAAGCAGUUAAUCAGCUGCGUUCCUUGCUUCACAAGCAGUCCAAAGAAGCAAAUGUUCAUGCACCUUCUCCUUCCAAGAGGAAGUUGGUGGCAAAGCAAAGAGUCACAGAUGAGACCAGUAACAGUCUGCCUGCUGUUCAUGACCUGGUUCCCAUCAUCCACAAUCAGUCUGAGUACAUUCAGCACCUGGAGGCUGAUGUCAAGUUCUGUAAGGAGGAACUUCUUGGAAUGAAACGGAGAGUUAGAGUUGUGGUUGUGGAGAAUGAGAAGCUGCAUGAGGAACUCAAAGCAAAGAUGGUGGAAGACACACUCAAAGAAUAUACACUAGUUGACAGCACGUUAAAUGUUGAGCAUACACCAGAAAAGACUCUAAACCCAAGACUCAGUUCUGUUCAUCAGGCUGAGGACCAGAAGUGGAGAAAAGAAAUGGAGCAGCUCAAGUGUCUUUAUCAAGCACAAACUGAUACUCUGGAAGCUCAGGUGGUCUCUCUGAAGAAAGACUUGGCAUGUGUUCAGAAGGAGUAUGAGGAAACAAAAGAACGACUGAGGCACAAAGAAGUGAUGGCUGCAGCGGCGGUCAGCGGUCAGAGUGUGGGUGGGCUGUGUCGAAAGUGUGCCCAGCAUGAAGCGGUCCUGGCUGAGACACACUCUAAUGUCCAUGUUAAGACCAUUGAAAGGCUCACUAAAGAGCGGGAUGAGCUUAUGACCGUCUUGUGCUCUUUGAGGGCGAGUCAGACUGACGCGCAGCAGAGAGAGUGGGCAGCAUAUCAGCAGGUCAAACAGGCAGUUGAGAUGGCAGAAGAGGCAAACCUGGAAAAGACAAGAGCACUGGUGCAGUGUGAUCACUUCCACAGCGAGCUGACGCGGCAGAGAGAGAGGCUGGAGAGAGAGCUGGCAUGUGAACAGGAGAAAAUCUCCCAGGCCAAGGAAGCGGCACGUGCAGAAAGCAGGAAGGAGAAAGAAGAGCUUGUCAAGACUGUAACCAGUCUGUCUCAGAGAGUGGCUGAAGUGGAGGGUCUGCUGGAGAGGGGAAAGCGAGACAGGAACUCACUCAACGCCCAGCUGGAGGAAGCUUAUAAGAAGCUCACUGCACAGGAAACAGACAGCAGCACGGUGUGUGCAGAGCUGCGGUUUCUCUUGAGUCAAGCCCAGCUGAAGAAAGGGGAGGCGGAGAGAGAGGUCAGGGACAUCAGCUCCAAACUGAGCCGCCAACUCGAACUGGCUGAGCAGGAAGUACAGAAGCUGGGUGUGGAGCUGAACGGUUGCCGGCAGCGUUUGGAGGAGGCCCAGAAGGCAGAGGGCCGAGCUCGGGCGGAGGCAGCCGGCCUGGCCGAGGGGCUAAGCCACGCCCAGCGCCAACUGCACCUCACCAGCCCAGCGGUAAGCGUAGGCAGCGCUGAAGCCUCUGUGUAUUGGCAAUGGGGUCUCUGUUCCUCUGGAGGAACUGCGGAUCUUCCAGCAUCUGCCACAGAGCUGCACAGCUGCAGAGGAGGGACGGCAUCUGUUCACAGGGGAGUUCGGUACUUAAGCAUUAAGACUCGGUCAUGUAUUGUUUAUAAAUUACCAUAAAGAUGCGUGCUGUUCCAGAGAUAUUAGUGAAUAAUUUGACUCGUUUGUUUACAUUUGGAAAAGUACCACUGUAUGAAAAUCAUCCAGAUGGUUUUUAUGGAGUAUAGAUUAUUUGCACCAGUGGGUCUAUUGUUAGUUCAUUACACCUCAUCAGAUUUGAAUUGCUGUGUACAUUUAGUAUGAUGUAGGCAAUAGGCAUGGCAUUAGUUCAGUCAAGGGGCUUGGGUUACUAAUCACUGUGUGUGCUUAGGUCAGUAGUGUGAUAACCAUUCGAGGUGUUCAUUUGCAAAAACAGAUGACUCAAAAAACACAGUUAACCAACACAAAUACAUAAUAACACAAUAAAAAACAUGUUUUUUUUUAAAUAAAAAAAACAAGUUCUGUUUUUGGUAAUAAACUCUUGUGUCGAGGUUCUCUGGAUCUGUUGAUUUAUUAGCAUGCAGAAGACCAUAUUUGUAAAAUAUAUUCAAAGUUUAGUAUUUGUUAUUGUCUUAUUACUUUUCACAUGAUAGAUACACCACUUGGGGAUUAGCAAAAGCGCAUAAAAAACUAAAUAUUGUACAUAAGAUUGUAUUUCUAAGCACCUGGCAAAUGUAUUAUUUGCUAUUUUGAAAAGAUUUUUCAUUUCAGAAACUCAAACAUCCAUUUGGUUAUGACCUUGUUGAAUCUUGGAGAUGAAAUGUUUUCUUUGUCAGAUUUAAAGCAGAUGAAUGUUGAUUUGCUUCUUCUAACUUUUAUGUGUGAUGCAUGUCUACUUACUUCACUGCAAAAAAUGAAUUUAUUGCUUAGCAUUUUUGUCUUGCUAUUCAGUACAAAUGGCUAAAUAUGAUUAAAUUAAGAUAUAUUUACUUGACGAGCAAAAUUACAUAACAUAUUAAGUUAAAGAAAAUGGAGUGAAUUUUUGCUCGUUUUAAGCAUAAACAUCCGUCAAGAAAAAUAUUUAAUUAAGUUGAAACUUGAAUUAAAAUAUAUUUUCUUACCCUGUUGGCUUGUUUAAGCACAAGUCAGAUAACAGGACUAAACAUAAUUUUGCUUCUCAACUAAGUGUAUCUUGAUUGAACAGUUUUAAGACAUUUGUACAAGGAAAAAAAUAUUUUUAUAUUUUCAAUGUUCUUAUGAUGUCAAACCUCAUCCCUUAAGCCAUAAGACAUUAGAACAUUAGAAAAGAAGUUUCAAAAUUCCCUUUUCAAAGGCGUGCAAUCUAUAUUUCAUUUCUGUGUUCGGGGCAUUAAUGAAACUAAAAGGAUUUUGCAGCGAUUAAAUGAGGCUGAAUUAGCAUUAGAGGGCUCCGAUAGGAUGCUGCCCUUUAAACACUCUCUGCUUCCUCUAGAUGAGGCAACAAAAUGGCCUGCUGAAGAUCAGAGUGGUUAAGCUGCUGACAGGUCUUGCAUUUGGCAGCAGAUAUUCUUUUAGCCACUGUAUGCAUGGUGUGGACAUGCAGUGCCAGGGCAGCUUCUUUGGGCCAGAGGUAGUGCACAGAUGCAGCAGACAUCUGUGCAUUCUUUCUCCCUCCCUCAGAGCUAAUGUUUCACUUUCCCAUCUCUCUGGAGUCUUUUUUCUCUCUUACUCCACCUUUACGCACCCAUAAACGCACGCAUACUGCGAUUGAGAGUGGACCCUUUCUGUGUCACUUCCAGGGGAAGUGGUCUGUGGGUGGCCGUGCAGCCGGGUCCUCUAAAGCCAGACUUUGAUUUUCUUUUUCCUCCCGUCUGCAUCUCACAGCUUGGAUGAUCACAGCUUCCAUCAAAUGGAUAGGCAAAUCAGUUGCCAUCUAAUUUUUUCUUUAUUCUGCUUAUUCUAUCUCUCCCUCUCUCUGUCAUUCUGUCUCUCUCUUUUUGUGGGCCCUCUCUCUGGCCCCCGUGCACAUGCUGGGGAGGGCCGGCGGCUCCAGUAUUGGAUCAUCAGCCAGCUGUGCGCUGGGCAGCAGAGGAUCUAUCGUAAUCCUGCCGCUCUGUUCUCUGCCUUCUGACGGCUUUGAGCCCAGGCUUUAUGUGGUUUGUUUGUUUGCUUUUGUACGCUCGUGCCUUUUUGUCAUCCCUCCCCCCCUUUCCUUCGUUUGCACCCACCCUCCCACCUCUCCCAACAUUCGGCAGACCCCAUAGGGUCUGAAAAUGAAGAGAGAGAGAAUUGUGCAAGGAUGAAAAAAAGUUGCGUCGUUUCGCCCGUGUCAGUUUACCAGCCGCGACAGAUUUUCCCCUUUGCCUUUCCGCGGUUGCUGGGAGUUCACUGUGGUUUGGAUUGGGACACAGGGGCUCACUUUGUUCCAGAUUCCCUCUCUCUCUUUCAACAACAUGAAAUUUAGCAUUUACCAUUUUAAUGAAUGCUCAAGCAAACGCACGCGCUGGCAGCGGGGCCCGAGGUUUUGAUCCAACAAGAAACGUGUCGCAGUUUGUAAAAGAGAACCUUCAGGCAUAAGUGCUGUUCUGAAACUAGGAAAUAUUCACAACUGCUCUGUUGAGAGCUUAACAGAGAACCUGGCCUUCUGUGCUCAGUAAAGCCUCAAAGCUUCAUCCUCCGUAUUGGGUACUGAUGGGCUAACCAGCACGGAAAGAUUUAUAAGAAAAAAGCCUGCUUGAAGUUUGGGGAUAUUAACUGAUCAGCCUUGUCUUUAUCUGGAUUAUUUUGUUUGUGAAGUGGAAUUAUUUGAGCAAAAGUUUGAUUUUCUCAGCCUCAUAAUGCUGAAAGGCUUGAUGGCGCUUGUUUGUCCACAUCAUAUUGACGCUUCAUUGUGAGCUGUGAGAAAUUGUGGCUUAUAUUGUCAUCUGGCCUGUGGCUCAAGAAUCCAGUAUGAAUUUGUUAAACAUGUUAGAGCAGAUGAAGACUGGACAUGUCCACUAGUGUGAAUGAUCUUGUAGAUUCUUGUCUUCAUGCACAACACCAAAUGUUGGGUUUUUUUCAACUCAGCGUUGGGUCAAACCCAGUCACUUGGUUCAAAAUUGUUCUAUUUGACCCAACAAUGGGUUAAAACAACCCAGCAUAGGAUAAUUUAAAACCCAACGAUUGGGUUUGUCCCUUUUUGACCCAACACUGGGUUGUAAAUAUAAAAGCAUAUAUUACUUGCCCGACACACGCAGAGGCCCAACAAACAUUGUAAAUCUUACUCUUUCAAUUAGUUGUUUGGUUGUGUCAUUGAUUUGUCCUCUCCGAGUUUGCGUACAAGAAGUCUGAGAAUUGUCAGACCAACUGCAGUGUUGGCAUUAAAAAAGUUGUUCAUCCCACCCCAGAAUUCCAUUAAACUUUGCACGCCUCUCUGCUUUCCCUCAGCCGUGCGUGAGUGCAUAGAGGAUGACAAUCCCCUGAAAGGUGGAGAAUCGGAAAAUGAAUAAAAGAGCGAGCAGAUGCAGCCCCACGCCAGAGGGAGGCUGCCGCGGUGAGCAAAGUCUGCCACGCCACCAAACUGCUGCAAACCAAGUCGGCGGGAAGCGCGUGUACCAUCCGACAGCAAAUAAAGGAGCGUAGCCCGCGCCCCUUGUCAGAAGUGCUAGCAAACGAAACGAGGGCUGCCGCCAGCCUCGAGGAGCCGUGUUAGCGCUUUGGGGUGAGUGCGAGUGCGGGCACUGGUAGGUAGCAGGGCGCCGCGCACGGUGCUGGGCGGCAGCCAUCUUGUUGGGGGAGCAGAUGGCGAUGGGGCAUGGAGGGGAGGGGCUGCUUAGCAGAACUAAUCAGACAGUAACGGAUGGGGCAGCUGGGACCGCUGCCGGCCAGGCGGGAGAGUGCCGGCGAGCCGCCCAGUGAGUGUCAUGAUGUUGACAGCGGUGUGCCCGUUGGCCUGGGUUGAGACCUUGCCACGUCUUCACGCCUCGCCGGCAGGGCUGCUGGCCUCCGACUCCUCUUCCACUUCACAUGGUAAAGGGCAAGACGAAAGGUUUUUGUCUUCUGUAAUUCUCACCGUCUUGGUGGAGACUUAGUUGACCUUGGUGACACAGAAUAGCGAUGUCAUGUUACAUGCUUAAACGGUCAACGAGAAGUUGUUGCAAAUAAAAAUAAAGUUAUACUUAUAUGUAUAUGUUCUGGGUAUACUUAUCAUAAGUUUUCAUAAGUGGAUGUGUUCUGGUUGUUGUUCUAGACCUCAUUGCACUUUGUAUUUUCACAUCUUUUGAAGGUCCUUGCAAUAGCAUAACUUGCCUCACUUAGCUUUUUAAUGUAACAUCUUUAAAAACUCUCAGAAAUUGAGUUUCUUGUGUUUUAACCAACCAUUCUGUUAAAAUAAAAUACUAUGUUUUUACUAUGUAACAGUUAUUGAAUGUUUAACGUAAAUGUGUUUGUGUAAUGUUUGCAUUGAUUAGCCGUGGUCCCUCCCUCCCUCAUCCAUGCAUUAUGUUCCUCCACUGGCCUAUAAGACCAGAUGCAGUGCCAGAGGCUACGCCCCUCAACCAAACAAGCCCUCAACUCAUUGCCAGCAAUUUGCUCUAUUAUUUAACAGUGUAACCAAGUUCAAGGCAGUUACGUAUGUGUCAUUCAUUUACAGGCCCCUAUUAGGACAAUGGAGAGUACACGAGAGAGCACACACACACUUGAAUAUGGCCUCUAUAACUAGCAGUGUUUGCCAACUAAAUGCGUGUGUUUGCUGCAUUUUGUAAUAUGUCCAAAGCUUACAAACACUUUGCUUUAAAGAUGAUGACUGACAGUUUAAAUGAUCAUAAUAAACAGAUAAAUGAACUGUUGGGUGAAUUAAUGUUUCACUGGAUGUCAGUAAGCAGUCAUGGCCUAUUGAUUGAAAAUAUAAAUUUCAUGCAUGGAUUACAGAAUUUCAUAGUCUGUAAUAUUUACUGUAACGUUACCCGGUCUAUUACUUUAUGUCCUUUCCAGUAUACAAUUGUUGACCUACUUCAUUUCUAAUAGUCUAAAUCCUAUGUUGUGAUUUGGCAUUAUGCAUUAUUUUUCAAUAACAUAUUUGUAAAAUCAUACCAAAGUUAAUUGAACCUGACCAAAUUUAUAAGAAUUUACACUGUAAUGCAUUGCAUCGUUUAGUAACAAAUCUUAAACUCCUAUAGUUAUAGAUGUCUGAGUCCAUCAAUUUUAAAAACAAAGAUAUUGUUUUAAAUGUUAAACUUCAAGCUCCCAGCCCUAUUAAAAGUGUAAGUCAUUGGAUCUUGAAGAGAAUUUCUCCAGUGCCGUGGCCCAGCUCUGUGUCAGGCAUGAUGGUACAGGACAGAAUGUUGCCGGUCCCCAGGCAAAGUGGGAGCAAAUCUGUCGGGUGCAACUGUUCUCACUUGGGCCAACUCUGCCCAGAGAAAGUGCCCUACUUACUGUUCCUGGAAGCUGGGUUGUUCUCCUCCUCUUUCUUCUUUUCAAUGCCUCUUUGUGAUACUUUUUUCUUGGUCAAUUUCAAUAAUAGACUUCAGGUUCCAUAUUAGCAAUAGUUGGGACAAGAGCACUGAUAGCUGAUUAAUGGUACCCAAAUGUGUCCACAUGUUUCUGGAAGUGUAUUUUAGUGUGCUCUACAAGUAGUAGUCAAGGUGGAACUUGUACCACUCCAGUGUGUACAUUUUUGUAUGUGUUCCUUUUUAUAUACCCACUUGUUAGAUCCAAAUUCAUUAUUAGUAUGUUUAAAUGGGUGGAUAUUUGAAGAGCAUUUUUAAGACUAGUAACCAAAAAUUAAAACUCCUUCAUUUUUUAAAAUGUUACUAUUAACUGUCAAAAUAAACUUAUAGUAGCUGCCUUUGGUUUUCUUUUUUAUAGUGGUGAAAGUGGGUUUCUUAGCCUUUAAAAAAAUAUUCUUUGCCAACACAGAGGUUACGGAAACACUUUUGCAGAAACUGAUAAAACGAAUGUUUAGCCAGUGAGAACCAGUACUCGAAAAAGGUAUAGUAUCUGAAAACUCAUGCCAUCCCCUUAAGAUUGCGUGUCCACAGCACAGGUAUAACCAUGAGAUUUAUAUGACAAGAUAUAUUUGUGACCUAGACCACAAAACCAGUCAUCAUUUUUUUAAAUUGAGAUUUAUUUGAAUAAAUAAGCUUUCCAUUGAUGUUUAGUUUGUUAGGAUAGGACAAUAUUAGUCUGAGAUACAACUAUUUGAAAAUAUGGAAUCUGAAGGUGCAAAAUCCAAAUAUUGAGAGAUAUUUGAAUCAUAUUGAGAAUCGGAGACCGUUGCUAAGAAGAAACAGGUUUGUUUUAACGCUCUCUAUUGGUUUAAUGCUGUAAUGACAUUGUGGAAAGUAUAUGAACCCGAAAUCAGAAAUUCUAACCUUAACAUAGAUACCAGACUUGAGUGGGUAAUUCUCAAAGAGUGGGCAGCAGUGUGUGAUGUUUGCAGGCAUGUGUCCGGCCAUUUUUGUUAGCAAUUUUGCUGCAUCCACUCACAAAAACAAACUUCUGAUGUACAGUAUUUACGGUAGGAAAUUUACAAAAUAUCUUCAUGGAACAUGAUCUUUACUUAAUAUCCUAAUGAUUUUUGUCAUAAAAGAAAAAUGGAUAAUUUUGACCCAUACAACAGUGUAUUGUUGGCAAUUGCCACAAGUAUACCGUGCUACUUACGACUUGUUUUGUGGACCAGGGUCACAUUUAAGUGGUGCAGAUUGUACAUCCUAAUAUUUAUAUUCACAAAACAUUCUCAAACAUACUGUAUCAAAAAAUCCCAUGUCCUCAUGUAGGACAGCUAUCUCUUUCCAUCUUUUUUCCUCUGGCCUCUCUCUCCUCAUCUCCUCCAGUCUCCAGAUGGCAUAAGGAGUCCAUCACAAAGCGGGCGUUCUCGCACAAAAACCUGUCACGAAACGGGAGCGGAAGAGUUGGGCACAACCCUAAGACCCGCCAGCCCUACACCCCGUUGGGUUAAAAGCGCUGUUUGUUAUGCUCCUCAAUGGCCAUGCGCUUUUUGUGGUGGGUUUGGAAUCCGAGCAGGGCACGUCGGGCUUUUGGAGAGCGCAUUUGGUGUGUGAUGGAGGGAUGAUGAAGGCAGCGCUGUUUAGUUGGGCCUGCCGUGUGAGGUGACGUGGGCGGGGGGUCUGGCACAAGCCCCUCCAGGUCAGCCUGAGCUGUGGCAGUGCGUCAUGCGCCCAGAGCGCGAGCCUCGGCAGCUCCGUCACAGGCUGUUGCACCCUGGGAUAGUGCUCUGUCUAUGUCAUUCUCUCACUCACUUCAUUUCAUGUUUGUGCUUUUGUUUGUGUCCAGUUUUUCGUCUUUGAAAAGCAGAAUGCACAUAGCAGAAAGGUUUGAUUGAGUUUAUACUAUGAUGAAUUAGAGGGAAAGUUCAUCAAAAAAAUGUUUUUCAUCCUUAUGUCGUUCCGAAGCUUUUUGACUUUUCUUUUGUAGAACAGCGGAAAAGUUUCUUUUUGGAAUAUCCAACAUUCAAAAAAUGAAGUGUAAGUGUACAGAGUAGUAUUUUAUAAUGCAAUACUUAUUAAUUGAAAAAUAAGUUAAAAAGGUCUCCAGCAAAGACAGUAAAGUCAUGCAGACUUGGAGUCACAUAAGGUCGAGGAAAUGAUGACAGGUUUUUCAUUUUUGGGUGAACCGUUCCUUUAAUUGCUGCUUUUCACAAAAUCUGCAAAGCGUUACAUUAACACUCGCAAACGAAGUAUUUCACUGUAUUUCGGUUAUCAUGAGAAAACUCUUAUUAUAAGCACACAUCUGAAGUCUGCAAUUUCUUGACCCAGUCAGACUACGUGGGUAUGCAUUCGGCAUAUGUGAACACAUCUCGGCUUCCUCUGCGCGCGUUUCGAAACCACAACAGAGUCUCUAAGGAUACAUAAGAAAAAAAUGAUUAUCGUGAUUAGUUGGUCUGUUGAUAGGGGUUUCUUUUAGAAAGGGAGGGAGUUGUUUGUAAAUUGGUGGCGUCUGCAAUUCGUUUUGCCUCUGACCUUGAGGGGGUUUUGCGCUUCUUGAAGAAGAAAGCAGAAGCUGGCGGUAAACAAAGUUCACUUCUGACAGAUGGAUUGAAUGACAGAGAGGUUGCGAGUGCCAGAAUAGCCCUGGCAUCGGAGGAAAUGUUCAAUGCAGUCCAACAGGAGAGGAGGUGUGAACAGGUGCGGGGCUGCUGAAGGAAAGGGGACCAGAUGGAGGGAGCCAGAGCCAGUUUAGUUAAAGGAAAAAGGGUGGGAGGGAGCAGUGAGGGGGGUAUAAACGGAGGGUGUGCGGGGGGGUACGGGGCGAGCGAAGUGGCUGACAGGCACGGUAAUAGAUGCUGUUUGGAUGUAGAGGAAAUAUAGGGUGCGUAAGUGCGGUGGACGCGAGUCGAGGCGGCUCUGGUUGGGCUCUGCUCCUGGAGGGAUGGGGCGAGCAUGUGCGUGUCAAUGAGAAACAGGAAGUAGCAGUGAGAUUGACACUGACCAAGUGAAGCUGAAUGAGCGCCACGAAACAUCUGAGGUUUGGUGUGAGCGCGAGCGUGUUUUUCUACUUCUUGUUUUAGCAUGUUGGCCAAGUUUUCCUCCAAUAUUUUCAAUAUAGUAAAUGUUAGGUUCUUGUAUUUUUUUACUUGAAAUAAGUAUUGGUGCAUUCACUGCAUUACCUCACAAUCAGCUCUUAGACCUUUGAACUGAAUUACAAUUUUUUCUACUUACUAAAAGCGUACGAGACAUCGUAGCUUCCCACAUGUCAUGGUAUGAGAAAACCAAUCUUAGAACUAAAGUACGCCAUAUUAACGCCCUCCAUCUAAUUCCCUUCUCUCCCUCCGCGCAACCUGUACUUCUACUUGCGAAACUUUCCCUCGCACAUAUAUUAACAUACAAAUGAUGGCAAGUGUCCUUGUGUACUGUUGAGCGCUCACGAAGCCAAACGGCUGACUCCAAUUUGCGCACAUUUUAGGAACGGUAGCAUUUGGUCAUUUUUGGCGUGGGAUCACGGAGCACCGCAGGGUGCUGCAAACUCUGCGCUCGAACGGUCUGUGGUAGUCCAAAUCAAAUGGGCAACAGCUUGAAUAGUACCCACUUAGGCAGCCCUCGGCCCUUGCGCUCCACCAGCACCCAGCCACGGAAACCGCUUUCCGCGGCUCGACGCUACUCCCUACCAGGCAGGCUGACCGACCCGGCUAUGGCUCCUGACCGGAGGACAUUAGGCUGCGCUCACAUCAUUACCAGCAGUGAGCAAACACACCCUGACCUGGCAUUGUUAGAGUGGACGGAGAGGGUUCGA